AUGGGAGGCGUAAUAGUUACCACUUAUGAAGUAGAUACAAAAUUAACAGAAUAUGGUUGCAUGAAUAAAUAUGUUGCACUUUUAGAUGAUAUUGAAAAAAAAAUAGAGGAAUUGAAUAUAAAGGAAGAUAUAGAAAAUCCCCAAGAAUGUGAUGAAUUAGUUAAAUAUAUAAAUAAAAAAUAUGGUGAGUUAGCAGAAUGUCAUAAACAAAAAUUGUUAAAUCGUUCAUUUAAUUUUAAAGAAGAAUUGAAGGGUUUUUUAAAUAAUUAUGAUAAAUAUUAUCAAUGUCUCAGAAAAUCUGCAUCUCCUUUUAAAGAACCUAUUGAAUUAAAAACUUCCUGUGAAGAAAAUCAGGAUUUUAACGAAGGAGUAGCACGAACAGAAGAAGGCGAAGCAGAAACGGAAAUCGAAUCUCCCUCCCUUGAAGACAAUUCAGAAGCACAAGGAUCUCUAGAGUUGAUCCAAUCAAAAGCUGAUGAAGAAAAAUCAAAAGAGCAAAGUGCAAUUUCUGCGUUUCAAUCAACAAAAAUGCCGUAUGACAAAGCUGAAGGACCUGAUACUCAAACAUCAGGAGAAGGAACUUAUCAAUAUUCUCGUAUCACAAGUCUAAACGAAACUCCCUCACAACCUAUAGUAGAAGGAGAUCAUUCUGCACCUAAUGAAUCAGGAAAACAAUCAAGUAUACAUUCAGAAAAAAUUGGUUCUAAUGGGGAUGUUGUUUCAAGCCUUACCUUGGAGGUAAUCUUGAAGAACAAGAUAGUCCCCCUAAUGUGCAAUCUUUUGGCAGUAAAACAAUUGAUGGUAAAGUUCAUGCUGUGGAAGGUACUGGUGAUGAAAAUUCUAUGGGUAAAGUCAGUGAUGAUUUAG